CCGGGGGCGUCCCCCGGGGGAGGUCGGUGGCACGGCAGUCGUGGAGGAGCAGUGGGAGCGUAAGCAGUCAAGGGCGACGCAAGUUCCGGACCGGGCUCCCCUUUUUCGCCUCAUACCUCUCCUUCCUCUGGUUUAGUCCUGUGUGGUUUCCCGACGGCGGCUCUUCCUAACGCGAGCUUUCGGAGUGCAGUUGCUGAGGAGGCGCAGUCGCCGCCCCCGUCCCGGGGCCGAGUGAGGGUGUCUGUCGCGCCGCGUCGCCCCCCGCGCCGCCUCCUUGCCCCCAGUGGUGGGCGCUUUUCUCACUCGGAGCACUCCCCCCAGCUCCAUGAAUGGAAAUCGGCUCCGCAGGACCCGUUGGGGCCCAGCCCCUACUCAUGGUGCCCAGACGACCUGGCUAUGGCACCAUGGGCAAACCCAUUAAACUGCUGGCUAACUGUUUUCAAGUUGAAAUCCCAAAGAUUGAUGUCUACCUCUAUGAGGUGGAUAUUAAACCAGACAAGUGUCCUAGGAGAGUGAACAGGGAGGUGGUUGACUCAAUGGUUCAGCAUUUUAAAGUAACUAUAUUUGGGGACCGUAGACCAGUGUAUGAUGGAAAAAGAAGCCUUUACACAGCCAAUCCACUUCCUGUGGCAACUACUGGGGUAGAUUUAGAUGUUACAUUACCUGGGGAAGGUGGAAAAGAUCGACCUUUCAAGGUGUCAAUCAAAUUUGUCUCUCGGGUGAGCUGGCACCUACUGCAUGAAGUGCUGACAGGACGGACCUUGCCUGAGCCACUGGAAUUAGACAAGCCAAUCAGCACUAAUCCUGUCCAUGCCGUUGAUGUGGUGCUACGACAUUUGCCCUCCAUGAAAUAUACGCCUGUGGGGCGUUCUUUUUUCUCAGCUCCAGAAGGAUAUGACCACCCUCUGGGAGGAGGCAGGGAAGUAUGGUUUGGAUUUCAUCAGUCUGUUCGGCCUGCCAUGUGGAAAAUGAUGCUUAAUAUUGAUGUUUCUGCCACUGCCUUCUACAAAGCACAACCUGUAAUUCAGUUCAUGUGUGAAGUUCUUGACAUUCAUAACAUUGAUGAGCAACCAAGACCUCUGACUGAUUCUCAUCGGGUAAAAUUCACCAAAGAGAUAAAAGGUCUGAAGGUUGAAGUGACUCAUUGUGGAACAAUGAGAAGGAAAUACCGUGUUUGUAAUGUAACAAGAAGGCCUGCCAGUCAUCAAACCUUUCCUUUACAGUUAGAAAAUGGCCAAACUGUGGAGAGAACAGUAGCACAGUACUUCAGAGAAAAGUAUACUCUUCAGCUGAAGUACCCGCAUCUUCCCUGUUUGCAAGUGGGGCAGGAGCAGAAACAUACCUACCUUCCACUAGAGGUCUGUAAUAUUGUCGCAGGGCAACGAUGUAUCAAGAAGCUAACGGACAAUCAGACUUCGACUAUGAUCAAGGCAACAGCAAGAUCUGCGCCAGAUAGACAAGAGGAAAUUAGCCGACUGGUAAGAAGUGCAAAUUAUGAAACAGAUCCAUUUGUUCAGGAGUUUCAAUUUAAAGUUCGGGAUGAAAUGGCGCACGUGACCGGACGCGUACUUCCAGCACCUAUGCUACAGUAUGGAGGACGGAAUCGGACAGUAGCAACACCAAGCCAUGGGGUAUGGGACAUGCGAGGGAAACAAUUCCACACAGGAGUUGAAAUCAAAAUGUGGGCUAUAGCUUGUUUUGCCACACAGAGGCAGUGCAGAGAAGAAAUACUGAAGGGUUUCACGGACCAGCUGCGGAAGAUUUCCAAGGAUGCAGGGAUGCCCAUCCAGGGCCAGCCUUGUUUCUGCAAAUAUGCACAGGGGGCAGACAGCGUGGAGCCCAUGUUCCGGCAUCUCAAGAACACCUACUCUGGGCUACAACUCAUUAUCGUCAUCCUGCCAGGGAAGACGCCAGUGUAUGCGGAGGUGAAACGUGUAGGAGACACACUUUUGGGUAUGGCUACACAGUGUGUUCAAGUCAAGAAUGUAAUAAAAACAUCUCCUCAAACUCUCUCAAACCUGUGCCUGAAAAUAAAUGUUAAACUCGGAGGGAUCAAUAAUAUUCUUGUACCUCAUCAAAGACCUUCUGUGUUCCAGCAACCCGUGAUCUUUUUGGGAGCAGAUGUCACUCAUCCACCUGCUGGUGAUGGGAAGAAGCCUUCUAUUGCUGCUGUGAGUGUCAGUAGGCAGGUUGUAGGUAGUAUGGAUGCCCACCCAAGCAGAUACUGUGCCACAGUAAGAGUUCAGAGACCCCGACAGGAGAUCAUCCAGGACUUGGCCUCCAUGGUCCGGGAACUUCUUAUUCAGUUUUAUAAGUCCACUCGGUUCAAACCUACUCGUAUCAUCUUUUAUCGGGAUGGUGUUUCGGAGGGACAGUUUAGGCAGGUAUUAUAUUAUGAACUACUAGCAAUUCGAGAAGCCUGCAUCAGUUUGGAGAAAGACUACCAACCUGGAAUAACUUACAUUGUAGUUCAAAAGAGACAUCACACUCGGUUAUUUUGUGCUGAUAGGACAGAAAGGGUCGGAAGAAGUGGCAAUAUUCCAGCUGGAACAACAGUUGAUACAGACAUUACACACCCAUAUGAGUUUGAUUUUUACCUCUGUAGCCAUGCCGGAAUACAGGGUACCAGCCGUCCUUCACACUAUCAUGUCUUAUGGGAUGAUAACUGCUUUACAGCAGAUGAACUUCAGCUGCUAACUUACCAGCUCUGCCACACUUACGUGCGCUGUACACGAUCUGUUUCUAUACCUGCACCAGCGUACUAUGCUCACCUGGUGGCAUUCAGAGCUAGAUACCAUCUUGUGGACAAAGAACAUGAUAGUGCUGAAGGAAGUCACGUUUCAGGACAGAGCAAUGGGCGAGAUCCACAAGCUCUUGCCAAGGCUGUACAGAUUCACCAGGAUACCUUACGCACAAUGUACUUUGCUUAAAAAUUUCAAGUAUAUUCUCUGAGAGGAAGAACUGAAAGAGGAAUGGACAUACAUACACAACGUGUUUCCAGUGGAGUCAGUUGAAUGAGGUUGCCUCCAGCCAUACAGAAACCAACACUGUGGGGGACCAGGGUCAGAUCUUUAUGUUGAUACAAGGUAGAUUGUUUACUUCAUCAAGGAACACAGCUCCAUUAUGCAAUAUGAAACCAGCCAACUGCUUUUUUGUGCGGUCUCCUGUAGGAAGUAUCGCGAUUGUUUUGUUUUUCACUUCUUGUAGUCUAACCCUUAUAAUGCCUUUACCUCAAGUUGCUUGGCAGCACAACUAUCUUUGCAAAAAAAGUAAAGAAAAAGUAAAUGAUGGUUUAAAAACACACACACCUACACGAAUAAUCCAAGUGAUUGUUCACAAUUAUGUGUGCAAAAAAAUUAAUGUGCAUUUGUGUAUUCUUGUAAAGUGUCUGUGUAUAUAUUAAAUAUAUACAUGCAUACUUCAUAUGUAUAUAUAUCUGGAUCUAGAUGAUAAUAGAUAUAUAUGUGCCUGUGUAUAUAUUUUUAUAGUUCAUUCCAUUGGGGAAAUUUCUUUCCCUUUUUUUCUUCCCCAUUACCACUUUAAUUUCUCUCUCUACCUCCCUCCCCUUCAUUUUUUUUCCUCAUGCUACCAGUGACAUUCAGGUGUUCAUGUAUCUGGUUCACCUGGAUGUGAAGCAUGGCAAACUAGAUUUUUAUUUUGCAUACCCCACUUCAUUUUAGCCAACUGCUGUGUCUUGUCUCAUGCACAGUUCUGAGUCCUCAACUCUGGAUAGUGCUUUCUUAAGAAACAAUUAUUUCAUAUGUUUUUGUGAGCAUGUGUGUGUGUCUCUCUCUCUCUCUCUGAACUUAACAUUUGCCAUUUGUGCAAUAUGUACAUAAGCAGUAGCAACGUAAACUUUUCUUUUUCUUUAGUAAGUUUGUUAAAGCUGCUGUAAAACCUUGUCAGAAGUCGUAACUCUUUCUCUCUGAUAAGUGACACGUAUUCUAAAGCCUUCUGUUUCUAUGGAUUAUACAUAGAAACCUCUUAAAGCUUUUAUAAAGAGUAAAUAUUUUAAAAGAUUGGAACUCUGUAGGGUUGAGGCCUCUGAAAUUGGGUGGAGAGAGGGGAGGGGUUGUUGGGUUUUGUUUGUUUGCUAGUUUACUUGCUGCCUCUCAUACCUUAAUGUGAUUUUCAUAUAUAUAUUUUUAUAUAUAUGUUUGUGUAUAUAUAAACAUAUAUGUAUGUGUUUUGAAGUAUAGCUUCCUUUUCUUUUAUAUUUAUUAGAAUAGUGCUUUAAUAAUUAUAGAUUAAUUAACACUCUUUAAAGUGUUAAAAGCAAAGAUGUCACCUUGAAGACUAAGGUUCGCCUGACCCAAGCCAUGGUAUUUUCAAUCGCCUCAUAUGCAUCUGAAAGCUGGACAGUGAAUAAGGAAGACCAAGGAAGUACAGAUGCAUUUGAGUUACGGUGUUAGCAAAGAAUAUUGAAUAUACCAUGGACUGCCAGAAGAAUGAACAAAUCUGUCUUGGAAGAAGUACAGCCAGAAUGCUCCUUAGAAGUGAGGAUGGCAAGACUUCGUCUCAUGUACUUUGGACAUGCUAUUUGGAGGGACCAGUCCCUGGAGAAGGACAUCAUGCUUGAUAAAGCAGAGGGUCAGUGAAGAAGAGGAAGACCCUCAACGAGAUGAAACGAUGGCUGCAACAGUGGGCUUAAACUUAGCAACGAUUGUGAGGAUGGUGCGGGACCAGGCAGUGUUUUGUUCUGUUGUGCAUAGGGUCGCUAUGAGUCGGAACCGACUCGACAGCACCUUACAACAGCAAUUAUAGGACAUGUUGGCAACAUCUUUUCUAGAAAUAUAAUCUCGUUUAUUUUAAGAACUGAUGAUUUGUUUUUGCUAUCUUUUAGUGCAAUAAGCAGUUUUAAAGGAAAGCCGUGUCUGUUUGACAUCUUUACCAUGGAUGUGGGAGGAACAGGCACCUCCAUAAUUUUAUAAAGGCAAAAGUAAUAUACCCUUAAUUUCAGAAGGAAAGUUUUAUAAGUUUAAAGCAUGUCUCUUAAAAAUCAUAAUGAAAAUGAAGGGAAGUGAAUUGCCUAAAUGAGUCUGACCUUGACUGUUAGAAGUAAAGUUGGAUUUUGACUUAAGAAAUGACAAUGAGCAGUUUAAGGGUUAGAAGAUAUUUAAAUCCACUGAAAAUGGAUCAUGUUUAUUAAAGAAUCUCGCUGGCUGAGUGCCCAUUUUCAUUUACUAACAUGAAUCAAAAUGCGAGAUGGUAUUUUUGAAACAUGUUUUGCUAAUUUAUCACCAAUGUAACUUUCCUUUUAAAAUUAGGGUGUUGGUGACAAAAGGAAAUGAAGAUUUUGAUCAUUUUAAAUGAGUUAAAUCACUGAAAUGUGGAAGAAAGUUUUGCAAAACUUUUACUAAUUCCACUUAAAGAUAUAAAAAAUACUAUAAACUGUCAAUACCAAGUUUAUCAGUAACAUUGGAUUCAGGGGAGUCUUGCACUUUGUAACUCAUAAAAUUGCAUUUUGACUUUUUUCUUAUUCUUUUUUUUUUUUUUGCACUGGUUCAGAGUAUAGAUACUACAGAUUGUUUCCAGUGGGCAUUGUUGUUAGCCUUUCAUAAUUCCAUCUGUACAUGAAAACUAAUGGAUUUAGCUCUUUAGUUUCUCUUUUACCUGUAAUCCACUAUUAUUGCCAAUUUACUGUAUUUUGAGCCUAAAAUCUGAGCCAUGUCCUCCAGCAGGCAUGAAAUCUUUUGUCCCUUUGCCAGAAAACUAGAAAGUACUGUAUUUUGUGUGUUUAUUAUAUUGAAGUGUCUAAAAUGCAGUUUACAACACUGUUUCAAAGCGCUUUACAUAGAUAUUUGUUUAGUAUAUACAUGCUUUCUCCUACCCCUUCCUUCUCCCUACCAAAAAAAAAAAUUUCCUAUAAAACAUGUAUCUUUUUUUACAUUGAAAUUUCACUAAAUGUAGUCAGGAUAAGGGCAAGAGAAGGAAAUAAUAUAUCCUAGAUGGUAAAAAGGAGUCCUGGUGUCUCAGUGGGUAAGCAUUCUGCUGCUAACUGAAAGGGCAGUUUGAACUCACCAGCCACUCCUCAGGAGAAAGAUGUGGCAGUCUGCUUCUGUAAAGAUUACGGCCUUGGAAACCCCGUGGGCAGUUCUGUCCUGUAGGGUCGCUAUGAGUCGGAACAGAUGGCAACGAGUUUUUGGUUUUUUUAGAUGGUGAAAACUUGAUUGGUAUAUGCUUGCUCAGUGUGAAGAAAACAUCUUUCUUUAUCAGUGAGAGUUGCAUGUAUUCAUGUGGGAAACUUUAGGGCCCAGGGAAGAAUUAUAAAAUACCCUUUCCCUAUUUACUAUUUUACCUAAUAUUCAGUUUCUUACUCAUGCAUGUGGUAGAGUGAAGCUCUUCAUUCCCAUCUAUUUGGAAGGACUUUUUUAAGAAGAAAAAAAAAGGAAUUUUUUUUUAAUAUAAAGCUUUACCUUUUAAGUGAUUUCUGUUCUUGGGGUGCUCUUACACUAUUCAACAUUGCUGGUUUAAGUUGGUUAACUUGGAAGAAUAUGUACAGUACAUUUCAACUUCGCUUACUAACAAGUUGAUAUAUCACAAUUAUAAGAAACCUUGUGCUUAGAAUUUUAAAAUACAAGGCUAAGCAGCAAAUACUUUUUGAAAUUUACCUUAAUUAUUUUUAUAUUCCUGGUAUAGAAUUUCUGGUCUUUUUUAUUUAAAAAAAAAAUUAAACACAAAACUUUUUUUUUUUUUAAUUUAAAGGCCUUGAAACACAGCAACCUUUCUGCCCAAGCUCACUAACUAUAUAAUGAAUGCUAAAUUGUGGUGUGCUGUUUUCUGUGAUAUAUCUUAUGUAAGUGACUUUAAAAUGCCAGUCACAACAACUUUUUUAAUUGAUUUCAUGGGAAGAAGGGUUGGGAGUUUAAUGUAUAUUCUUGCUGGCAAAUGUAUCUGUGUAAAGUGCUGAUACAUGUAUUUGUUUGACAGUAUCAAGUUACUGGCAUUGUGGAUCAUACAUUUAUAAUACUGUAGCUGCUAUAUUUAUUUAAGUAGAGUCUGACAGUUACUGCACUAAACAAUAAGGAGAUGAGCAGGAAUCAAGGCUAGUGUUAGACCCAUUUGGGUUUUUUGUUUUGUUUUCUAAAUAAGACUAAGGACAUGAAAUAGGAAGGUAACAAAGGGUGCUGCCAUUUUAGUUUCAAUUUAAUAUCAGGAUAUUCUUUCUUUGUUUCAGAAAUGUGGGUUUUGACGUUUGCAGUUUUCUAAAAAGGUACCUCAUCCUCCUGAGUACUGGUUUUUGGCAUAUUUUUACAGAAGUAGAGAUGCCCUUUAUUUUUUUUCUUAAUAGUUCCCUUUUUAAAAGUUUCUCAGAAAAAAAAAACUAUUUUAUGGAAAUGUUCCUGUUUAUAACCUAUUAAUUUAUUUCUCUUCCUAGAAGACAGUCCAGAAGGGAUUCUAGGGGGAAUGUACUAGGUGUUUUGGAAGGCACUUGAUAAAGAUUCAUCUCUACCUUCUCUAGCAUAGGGGUCCCAGCCUUCUAAAGACUUAUCCUAGUUUUCCAAGUCAGGUUCUCUGAUGACCCACCGUUGCCUAAUGUUUACUCUGUGUUUCCCAAUGGAUUUUAGCAUGACAGAUUCAAGAGUUGUGGCAGAGUCAAGACAUACCUAGAGAGAGAAAAGCUCAGUUGCCACUCAGUAGAAAUAGCUGGUCGAGGAUCUCGGUGUUAAAGGAAAGGGUUAGAACUCAGAGUGCUUGUAAUAGAUCAGAGUAAUUACAUGGAUUACAGACCAGGAAUUAGGGACAGUUAUUCAAGGAACAUGUGAGUCUUUUCAGAGGCUAGCAUGAAUUUGCCAUGGGCGAUGAUUUUUAUGAAAUUUAAGAAACUAGCCACUUGGACCCAGCUAGAAUAUCUGUAGCCUUGCAUUUCAAACUUGAUAGUGUUUUGCCAAGAAACUUAACUGACAACUGUGCGUAAUUUUUAUUGCAUAUCAUUAAACCUGAGUUAAAUGUUUGCUUAACUCAUCCUCUUAGAUUGAAUACUUUCAAAAACAGGUUGCCCCUAACUUGCUACUUUUUAUGAGUUAUCAGUCAAGCUACAAAAGGACAUCAUUGGCCUGGCGUUUUUCUUUUGCCUUUUUUUAAUAACCAUAUAAAGUUUGAAUCCUUUUCAUUCUUUUUUAGAAUUCAUACAUGUCUUAAAGCUUCAAUAAUAGUUUGAAGACUUUACACCAAGUUAGGCUUUCCUGAAUAGUUGUAUAACCCUGACUCUAGAGUCUGUCUUUAUUUUCCUAUUUCCCUCCCAUUUUUGUAAUUCUACAAGAGUCAGAAAAUCAGCCAAGAAGAGACAUGUAAAAAUCAGUAGAGAAAUGUGAAAGUGAGAAUUUUCUCCCAGAAAAAAAUUUUUUUUUUUUUUUUUUUAUACCAAGGACACUCUUGGUCAGUGGCAGUGUUAGAAAUCAUAUGCGGUUAAUGAAAGCUAAGCCCACUCCCAGGAAGGAAAAAAAUCUGUAUAUGUAUCAAAGGAAAAAAGUAUUUUGACUUUUUUUCCUACUUAAAAACGGUACAUUUAAGUUUAUAAUUUUCCAUGCUGGUCAACUUUUUUUUUUUUUUUUUUUUUUAACUAAUAAUGGUCAAGGCUUAUGCUACUGAGAGUUGAAAUUUAUUUUACUUUACCCAUCAGACAUAGUAUUCUAGAUUUUCACAUUGCUGAUUAAAUUUCAAGAAUCUUUUACUUUUAAAUUAUGAAAGUUAAAGAUUUUAACUUUUAAAGUUAGAAGGAUAAUUAGUACCAAGGGUUGGGAUUUGCCAGUGAGAAGCCCUGUUGAAGUGUCAGACAAUAAACAGUGUCACAAAAUUAGGAUCCUGUCAGAUCACCUGUCCGGUCACGAGACUCCUUUCCUUUCUGAACUCAGUGUCUGAGGCAACCAAAAUCUAAUGUUGUAACUCAUGUUAAGCUUUCAGUAAAGCAAAGAUGUUCUUCCAGGUAGAGUCUGAAUUUUUAAAUCAUUUUUUAAAGCAAGGUGGUUCUUAGAAAGUGCCUUUUGAGAAGAUGGUGCUGUAGAUUUUUAUUUUUCAAAUAGCAUGAGGCUAAAAAUUUUAAGAUAAAUUAUUUUAGAACUCUAAGAGUGUGAGAGUUUCAUAGAAAUAGUGUUAUCUGUUGUCCUGAAUCAGGUCCACGGGAACGAAGGAAUGUUUUUAUUCAGUAAAUUAUCUAGGUAAAUGCUCACCAGAUUGAUUUUGUAAGUUUGAAAACAAAUUUUUUAACAGAAUUAACCUUUCAGUUCUCAGUGGUGUUGGAAUUAAUCUGUAGGGCACAUAAAACAGCAGAGCUGCUUAACUUUUAACAGGAUUAUUGGUAUAAUAGCAAGUGCCCAAAGGGAAAGGUAACUUGCCAGGAGUUAUAUGUCACAGGCUACCUUUCCUUUUUUUUUCCCAGCACAAAUUGACACUUUUGUAAUAACUAUCUGCAGCCUUUCUGAUUCAUCUUUAUUGAGAAAGGCUGCUUAUAAAGGGAGAGCCAAGUCAUCACUGAGGUCAGUUUAAGAGAAAAAGCAAAAUGAUUAUCCCUCUAUCCUUAGGAAAAUUUUCAUGUACCAGGAAAUAUUUUAAAUAGCUCCCUCUCUGUUUCUAGGAUGGGGAAACAAUUAAAAAUGAUGGCAGUGCAUUUAAAAGGGUAUGAUCAGUUAAUUAGAAAUAGAACAUGCAGAAUUGGGCUUUGGUGGAAGUGAGCAAAAGGAAGGAUAAUAGCAGGACUGCUCAUACUUAGUAGAAAUUUAGUAGUCUACCAGAAAGCAAUUUUCCCUGGACUAGGAAGCAGUAAAUGAUCACCUUGCCAGUCCUUGCUUGUGAAUUUGGUGAGCAUUCCUCCAGGAAAUAGUCGGCUGAAAACAAACAAAAAACACCACACCUCAGUAACCUUGUAUGCUGCAUAUGUAAUAUGAUAGUAAAAUUAUAUUAAUUGUUUGGAGUGUACUGUGUCUGUUUGCAAAUAUAUAUGCACAUUAAACUUUUUCAUUUUUUAUGUCUUCAUAGCAAUUAUGAGGGUUUUUUUAAGAUUAAUUUUUCUAUUGUCAUGUUUAUAUUUAUUGGCAAUUCGUGUGCAACUUUUGUAUUUUGCUUAGAUGUUGGUUUUAGGGUGUUUUAUCUUUAUAGAUAUUUCUAGCUUUUUCCUCUUUUUUUUGGUAAUAUUAGCAAAGAUUAGGAUGGAGUGUUUAAUAUACCAACCAAACUAUUCCAUAGAGCCUAGAGUUUGGAUUUUUACCAAUAAACCAUUAACUUUCUAACUUAGAAUAUUUAAUGUUGUUUAUAUAGUGGGCAUUAAAGACAGUCUUAGACAGAUUUCUAAAUGUGGAGGGAAAGUGGAGCUAUUCUCCUAAGUAACAAACUAACACUAACAAUUGGAUUUAUUUCCUGAACUGCGGUCUUUGGGAAACUUGUCAAAUAAAUGAUUGUUACAUUGCUUUUUCAGUUUUAGCUACAUUGAAAUUGCUUAAAUGAUCACAUCACUCAACCUUAGGAUUAUUAUACACUUUUAUGGGCCCAGAAAACAAAUAGCAGAUGAUGUAGAAGUCAUUGACAAUUGACUUUGAAUUGGGAUUUUUUCCCCCCAUAAUUAUACGAUAAAAGCUGUGAAAUCUGGAACCUGUUUAAGGCAGAAACCUGUCAGAGAAGGAGAACAUGAAUGUUUUCCACUAGUAGAGAGUGAUGGAAAAGUGGUAAGACUGCACCCUGUCAAAGGCAAAAAAUUUGCAAGACCUGGAAAAACACGGCACUCCCAUCGCGUUCCAGCUGUCACAGGUUUCACUGUGUUUAUUACGUGGGAGAUUUGCUGCCCUGAUCUUUUCCCGAAUAUCCUUUUAAAUUAAGUCAAUUUACACUCCGCCUCCCCCCCCCCCCCCCGCCAAGCAUCAGUGAAGACAUAGUUUAGGUGGCUAGGGAAAGACAGGGAUAAAGACUGAUUAAUAGAGUAUUUCAAUUAAUUAAAAUUUCAAUGAAGUAGUAAUAACUUAUGAAUGUGAGCUAACUGAAAGACAGUAAAAAGUAUGAUUAUAAAAUACUAAUUUUAAGGAUAUACAGUCACCCAAGCCUCUUAGUGAAUAGAUCAAGAUUUUUUGUAUCAACAUUUUUUUUUAUAAAGAUCCAUGAAAAAAACAUAUUCUCCUAAGCAGGUAAAAUAUUUUCAUUGUAUUUUUACACUAUGAACUUGCUUGGUGAGCCGCUUUUCUCUGUAAAAGAUUAAAAGAUAAACUUUAUCCCAUUCUCUGAGUUUUAAAUUCUAAAUUAUCAGGGCUCACUGUAUGACAUUUUGCUGUUCUUCACUGGGAGGGAGAAAAUGGGAAGAUUUCAAGUAAUUAUAAAUGGGAAAAUAUUUUUAUAUUAUGUAAAGUUUUACAAUUUAAAGUGAACCAGCAUGCGAUUUCAUAAAGACAUUAGCCAUAUCAUUUUUUACAUUUUUGCCAGUUAUAUUAGUUUUCACAUACUAUCAUGAACUAUCUCCUUUACCCCCACAUUAAGUACUAAUUAAAGAUUGGUACUUUGAUUAUAGAAAUUUGUAAUACUAAAAAAUGUUUCAGUCACAUAUAUUUGUUGCCAGUAUUCCCCCUUUUUAAAUUCUCUUUUUAAAGUUAUUGUGCUUACAACUUUAAUAGUUUAUUCAUUAUAUUUCAACAUCAUGCUAGUUUGACAGGCAUAUAAUUCUUGUAGACCAACAUUUUUAAAGCUGCCUCUGGUAGAAAUAGUCCUGUGUUUUCUUUUUUCCUUCUGAAAGCUUGUAGGAACCUGGCACAUAGAGCUUAUUUUGCUGUUUAACUGCUUGACUCCACAGUUCCAGGUAAUUGGCAUCAGUGGUGUAUUACCACGGUAACCUACCUGGUUCAUGUUUAUAGUCCAGCUCUGAAGAAAUAUUUGUGCAGUAAUAGUUUACCCCAAAAAGAAGAACUGCCAGUAACAGUGUUAUAAGUAGAAAACAGAUGGGAGUGUUGGUCAUUAGGAUUUUGCAUUUUUUGGUUUAUUCUUUCCAAAACUUGCAUGCACAUCUAAAAUGUUAUGUUUGAUGUUUGAGAAUUUGUGCCAGAGACUAGAGAAGGAUUUGAUGCUGGUGUUUAGUGCCUAAAACUUCUCAUCUUUACUUCGUGGCUUUUAGUUGGAAGAACAGAAAAACAAAUAAAAAUUUCUUAAUCUGGCCCUUUAAUAAUAUUUUUAGAAUCAAAGAAAGGUUCACUCUGCAAAAAUAUUGCAAAUGUGACUCCAUUUCCGUUCUAGAACCUGUGGAAACAGGAGGUCUUUGUAAAGAAAGGGACUAGUGGGAUUGUGGCAGUAUGUAGUAGGGGGAAAUGAGGUUAAGGUUUCCUUGCUGAGAUCCUUGGGCAGAAACCUUACAAUUGUUUAAUAUUUACUGAGUUCUAACAGCCACACAGUAAAAGAGUGACUUUGCUGUAUCAACUUAACGGAAGAAACCUAAGAAGAGUGCCUCUGUAACCUAAAUUUAUUGUAUGUUGGCCCAGAUAGCAAAUAGACAAAGCUGCAUCUGUUCUCAUUAGAUUAUAGACGUCUUGGAAGUUAACUUCUUUUGAGUUAUGAUGAAGGCAUUUAUCCUUAAUUAGGAACAAUGGCAUUGCAGCAACAUUACUUCUCCAGCUUUCCCCUUCACCUAGAAAACUCCAAGCAGGGACUUCUGGACAAGGUAGUCUUCCCUGUAAAGGAUUUAUUGAAAGCACUAGUAGGUUGUAAUUAAGGGAGAAUUUUGCCUGGCACUGACACUCCAACUGGGUUAAUAGAUCAAAUGUGAUCCCAGGGAGUAACAAGAGAAAGCCUUGGUUUUGGUGGCAAUAGACUUUGAGUGGUCAGGAAAACCAUUAGCUCUCCAGUGGUAAUGAAAUGUAGGUAUCUCUCUGCUUCACGGAAAGGGAGUAAUCUGCUAUUGAUGAUGACCCUGCAAAUGUGCUUGUGCUUUUUCUAAGUCAGUUACCAAGGACAGCAAACACUACCUAGAACUUUGCAAUAGAUUUUCCCUACAAGAUUCUUUAAAAGUUUUCCAGGAGCUUUCUCAUUUCUUAGCCCAGAGUACAACCCCCUUCUCCUCUUUAAAAAAAGAAAGCAAAAAAUUUAGAGGCAGUACAUGUAGAAUAAUACUGUCAGUAAAUAACAGUCUUUAAAAUACUCGGGAAGGGAGGAUCAGAUGCCACAAACUACAGCUCGAUUGUGAGAGACUGUCGUAGCACAUUUUUCAUGUUCGGUUUCUAAAGUUUUUUGUUUCCUUUGGUAUACCAUGUUUGAUUCACUUAGAGUGCCACCGUUCUUAUUUAUGAUACACAUAGUCCGUGUGUUAUGCCGUUUAUAAAUUGUGCAAUUCUUCUCUUUCCACCCUGCCCCCUACACACACACACAGACAGACACACACACACACGCUGUUAAAAGAGCUGGGAGGAGGGUAAAACAAAAAGAAGUAAGAGAAUUAUUAGAAUGUAACUUCAGUUAAGGUAGAUGGAAGGAAACCGUAACUCAGUUAAGUGAGAAUGAAGAAUGCAGAUGGUAAUGCUGCAGGUACUCCCUCUAGCUAUAGAACUUUUUUGCUAGCUAUGGAGCGAUAAUGUGUACAGGAUAUAUAUCUGGAGUAUGAUAUGUUAUAGCAAAGUGGUAAGAGAAAAUUACUCUUGAAACUAAUGUUUCAACCUUCUGCAACCAGAUCCCCAUCUUAAGGGAAGUUAAUAUAGCUUAAAUACAUUAAAACUAUAUUGAAUGCAUUAAUGCUUAGAUAUUCUUUCCUCUUAACUUACAUACUGAUUUAUUCUGACUUUAGCUAUAUAGAUACAUCUCCCCACAUUUGCCUUCUUGCUAUUGCAAUUCUACAUAAAUGGUUUUUAAAACUCAACCAAUUUCCUGGUCAAGCCUGGGAUGAAAGGGAAAAGGCAUAAGGUGUUUUCAAAUGCAGGAACUUGUGAAGGAUCACAGCUGGAAAAAAAGACUGUUAAGAAUGUGUUGCCUUUAAGAGUAGGAAGGGCUCUCUCUAGAACAUGACCCAGAGACUUGGAGUUUGUAGUCAUAGCUCUGCUAUUGAUUUGCUCUGUGUCUUUAGGCAAUUUCCUUAAUCUCAGUAUGCGUACUUUUCCCUGGUAAAAUCAUAGUGGUAAUACCUGCCCUCACCUACCUCACAAGGUUGUUAUAAGAUGGUGUUUGUCAAAAUGCUUGAGUUCCCCAAAAGAAAAGCUAUUUAGAAAUUCAAGGUAACAGAAUAUGCUGUAUGAAGGGUUCCUUUCCAGUUUGCCUCUGUGAAAGCAUCUUUAAUUACCAUAGAUCAUUUUAUGAGAAAAGUAUAAGAGAAACGUAGGCCUUAUCAUGGUGUGGUGUUCACUUGCUAACGUAUUCUGCUCUGUUUCUCCCUUGCUAGAUAUCCAGCACACAGGCUGGAGUUUUCUUUAUAACAAUUCUUGGCAAAAGUAUAACUUUCCAAAAACCAAACUCAUUUUAGUGGUGCUAUGGCAGCUGCAGUUGUAUUUUGAGUUAGAUUAAUGUGGUAAAACCAUGAGAUACUCAAAAACUAACUUCGCCUUUUGCCUUUAGGCAUUUUUGCUACAUCUUGGCAUGAGAGGCUGUUGCACAACCAAAUUAUUAUCCCCUUGUUUCUUGGCAGAUUUUUGGUACUUUUUUUUCUUUGUUGGAAUAGGGGGUUAGGUUUUAAGAAAAGUGUACUUAUUUCAUUCAGUGUCACUUUACAGUUGUGACCCUUGCUUUACUUUAAAAACUCCAAGUAUCAUGUACUUGUAAAAAUAGCGAACAUUUUUUCUUCAUUUUCAUUCAAUUCUGAACGCCUGCAGGUGAUAUCAGGAAGAACUAUUGGUGUCUGACCCAGUUAUCCUUAUGGAGCAUGGCCAGGACAGGUUUAUCCCUUCUUCCCCUUACCCCCAUCCCAGGAAGGUUCCUGUUUCAAGAAAAUAAGAAAGGGUACACCACCACCACCCACCGGCUGUGUAAGCAAUUCCUUGUUGCAACAGACAAGAAUUUUUUAAAAGAAAACAGGAUGGAUUUUGGGUACACAGGGUAUGGAUGCAUCAACAUUUAUUUUUUAUCUCUAUGCUGAGCUCCCCUUGUUGUAGGCAAUUGGGCUUUACCAACUCAUUGCUAACAUAGGAGGUAUAUUUUAUAGGACCAUGAGAAUCACAAGUACUUAAGAUGAAAAGUUGGGGAGAUUUGUGCUUGAAAAAUGAACAAAAAAUCCAUCUUGCUUAAGUGAGAUAGCUAAGAGCAUUAUCUUUGAUACAUCAGGAAUACUUUUAAACAAUUUUUGCUGUAAUGUGUAGCUUUAACGUCUCCAGUUAUGGAUCCAUAAAAGUAUUACUGUGUCUUGUGCAUAGAGAUCAUUCUUGUGGACUAGUGUAUGGAUCCCUGCAAAGGAUACCCCAUGACUCAUAGACCGUGGGAAAAAGUGGGGUGUGUGUGUGUGUGUAUAAAUAUUCAAUGUGUAUAACACUAUACGUAUUACAUAAGUUUAUGUGGGGGAAAAAAGUAUUGUUUCUUUAGUGUUUGGGGGACUAAAAUUGUAAUCUGACCAUUCCAGUGGACUAAAACUCACUCUAGAGAACAUUUACAUUACACACAAUGCACACACAGACGCACACCCCAAAAGCAUUGCUAGCUGAUCUCACUUUAGAUGAUUGUAGCUUUUUUUUUUUUAAACCCCCCUAAGUAGGGGAAGAGGAAAUAGCACUCUUUCUAAAGGGGCUUUUCUGAAGACUAAAAUGUAAAUAUAGGACAUGUGGGCAGGGUGGGGUCACCUGCACAGUGUCCAGCAGAUGGACAAAUAGCCUUUUAAAUUUUCUUUUUUAAUCAUCUUGACCGUGUGUGCCUAUUUGUAUUGCAGAUGUGAACUACUAUUUUUGGGGUUGAUAACAGUAUGUUUUGAAACUGAAUUAUUACAUAAAAUCAGAGUAACCUCUUUAUCCAUCCUCCUCUUCCACACUAACUAUUCUUGCCAAAUAUUUCUACUCAUCCCAAGUUUCCACAUGGUAAAAUGAGGUGAUGGAACUCUCAAACCUCCUUCCUUAGCUUCCCUACCCUCUGUCUUAGGCCUGGCCCGGCCUUAUAUUUUUUGUUGGCUUAUCAUAAGAUUGAUUUACUAUAGUAAUUUAAAGACUGCAGAAUUUCAAAAUGUUUAUGUAUAAGCCUUAUUUUUUAAAUAUCUGGUUACACAGUAUCAUCAAUUUAAGCAAUGGAGUGAGUCCAACCCUGUAGUGUGCUGUAGAACCAAAUGAGAUCUUGAAUGAGACUAAACUUGACCACAGCUUUUUAUUAAGAGGAAAUUGGCACUUUGUAUGGGGUGGCAGGGCAUGGGCAGUCUAUGACAGAUACGUUAACUGUUGUAUCCCAAAUCAGAAACACCAAAUGCAGAAUCCUAUCACUGUGUACUUAGGGGCCAGGCUUUGGGUUUGGUUGUCAUUUAAUCCUUGAAAAUUGUGUGUAAUUACGAUGAGCAGAAGGCAAAUAAAGUUUUUAAACAAAA